AUGUACAGUCUCGCGUUGUUGACAAGUACUCUUCUAGUACUCGCCGGUGCGCGCAUUUACGAGCGAUGCGAACUUGCGCGCGACUUAAUCAAGCUUGGAAUCCGCAGAGAGCACAUCGCCACCUGGGUCUGCAUUGCCUACCACGAGUCCCGCUUUGACACUGCCGCUCGCAACGGCUACAGUGGAGACCAUGGACUGCUACAAAUUAGCGAAAUAUAUUGGUGCGGUCCCGGCAAAGCGUGUGGAUUGCCUUGUUCAGCUUUACGCGAUGAUGAUAUUUCAAACGACGUGGAAUGCGCACUAACAAUCUACGAAGAGCACACACGUCUACAAGGCAACGGGUUCCUCGCUUGGGUAGUGUACCCGCAGCAUUGCAAGCAUAAUGCAAAAAAAUAUUUAGCCGAUUGUGACAUUUCUGUGAAAGAUUUAAAUUAUACUCGUAAUGUGGAAGGCAGAUCACGUUCUUGGCAUAAGGAUGUUUAUCCAACAGUUAACGUUCCUUUAUCAAAUGCAGUGCAAAGUGUAACAAUUCCUCAAAGUGAACAAUCAUUUCCAACGUAUCUAUCCAUUAUUUCUAUGUUGCGUCGAAAGUUUGAGCAAGAUUUUGAAGAAGACUAUUAUCGCAAGCAGAAUGUGAACUGGUCCCAGUUUAAAAUCGGUAAUGUAGAUGAAUUGAAGCUUCCUAAUUUCAAUCUUAAACCUGAUUAUGAUUUCCUUCGUCCACUCACCACCCAAAUUCUUACAACAUCCACUACAACCAUGCAGCCGGAAGUGCAAUAUAAACCAGUCAAGCCUUGGAGAAUGAUAGAAACGAAUCAGUUUAGGAGAAAAAUGAUUCCUUUUAAUGAAAUAUCAUCUGAAGAAUAUGUGAAUAGAAAAAACUACCUUAAUACGUUACAAAGCACAACACCGCCGUCUUCAAGAACACUUGCAAUUUCAACUACCCAAAAUAGUUCAAUAUACUCUCCGACUGAAAAAAAGACAGUACACAAAGUUUCUCCAGUGUUAAACCAUUCGUCCCCAAUACAAAUUUCAUUACCACUUACGACAUCUUCAACAUUGGUAACAAGGAAGCUGUCAAAUAGUAGUGAUAAUAUUUUGACAGAUGUAACAUCCAAAAAUAUUCCGUCAAUCAAAGAAACAACAAAAUAUAUAAUGAAAAGUACUUGGGAGACACAUAGCCCAUGGACAACUCCAUUGCCGAAUUCAAAACAAAUAUCAACGACGCAGAAAUCUGUUCAAAAUUGGUCUACUAAACGGCCAAAUGUUUAUAAAACAGAAUCAACAGUAAAACAGUUCAGCAUAUCUAAAGUUCAACAGACUUCAUCAACCCGAACUUGGUUAGCUACGGCACGAGAAUAUAGUAAAAAAAAUAACGAAUCAACCAAAAUCACUGCGUCGCCAAUACAGCAGAUGAGCACCACGAUAAAGCCUAUGGUUUCAACACGGAGAACAACAGAAGCGUUGUCAAUAAAUGGUGCACUAAAUAGUAAAAAUAGUAACCAAAGUAAGUCUGCGAAUGACUGGCAUAGUACACGAAGGUCACAGGUAUCACUCUGGAGACGCGGCAAAUCCUGGUCAAAUGCUUACGAAAAUGUGACACACAUCGAUAGAAAUGUUACAUUUAAGCCAGCCAUAGUUUCGACUUCAACAGCGACGAUUUCCCCAUAUCGUGGCCCUGGACAAUAUGGACAUUCAAGAGAGACAACAACAUUCCGCACUAAUCAUUCGACUAAAAGCAGUACCGAGCAGUCUCUUUUAAAAUUUUCAAAAGCGAACAAUGAAGGAAAUGAUAAACAAACAGUAAAAACUACUGGUCCCACAACGCGAGCAACACCAAAAACGACGUUGUCAAUUUUUGAUCUUUAUUUAAACCCCACCCAACGUCCUCACCUGCCUACUUACAAAUUUGCGUUUUCUAAUAACAAUGUAAGUAAGUUUAAAAUAUUUUCGGAUGGAACCACUUCAGCCCCGAUCUUAAGUUAUUAUUCUAAAACAUCUAAUAAGACAUCUACAAUAGGGCAGUCAAGUUAA